AGGGCUGCUCACCGGAGAGGCGCGUCCCUGCUGGAGCGCGGCACCGGCUGCUCUCUGCUACCGUUGCCCCACCUGCCCUCCUCCUUCUCACUUCCCCCGCCGCCUGGGGCCCUGCCCCUUCCCGCCUGCCGCCCCGGCUGUGGCUGACAGGAUAUGUAACAUGACACUGAUAUUCUGGACAGUUUGUCAUAGGAGCCUCUGUGAAGCUGGUUUUUUGAAGUAAUGCCCAUAGAAAGUGGAAGUUGUGCAUCUGCUCGGCAAGCAAAGCAGAAACGUAAAUCGCACAGCCUUUCCAUCCGGAGGACCAACAGUUCCGAGCAGGAGCGGGCAGGACUGCAGAGAGACAUGUUGGAAGGGCAGGAUUCUAAACUACCAUCCUCUGUCCGGAACACGCUCCUUGAACUUUUUGGACAAAUAGAACGGGAGUUUGAAAACCUCUACCUUGAAAAUUUGGAAUUACGUAGAGAGAUCGAUACGCUGAAUGAGCGCUUAGCAGGGGAAGGACAGACCAUCGAUGGGGCUGAGCUGAGCAAAGGACAGCUGAAAACAAAAGCCAGCCAUAGUACCAGUCAGCUUUCUCAGAAAUUGAAGACAACUUACAAGGCAUCUACUAGCAAGAUUGUAUCCAGUUUUAAAACUACAACAUCCAGGGCAAUCUGUCAACUGGUAAAGGAAUAUGUUGGCCACAGGGAUGGUAUUUGGGAUGUCAGUGUCGCGAAAACUCAGCCAGUGGUGUUGGGAACUGCAUCUGCUGAUCACACUGCUUUGCUGUGGAGCAUAGAAACAGGGAAAUGCCUUGUCAAGUAUGUAGGGCAUGUUGGAUCAGUGAAUUCCAUAAAGUUUCAUCCAACUGAGCAAGUGGCUCUUACAGCAUCUGGAGACCAGACAGCUCACAUCUGGAGAUACAUUGUACAGUUGCCUGCCCCUCAGCCAACCACAGACUGCAAUCAAAUGUCUGGAGAAGAUGAAGUGGAGAUCUCAGAUAAAGAUGAACCUGAUGGAGAUGGGGAUGGCUCUAGUGACUGUCCCACUGUCAGAGCCCCAUUAACUUCACUCAAAAGCCAUCAAGGAGUGGUCAUAGCAGCUGACUGGCUUGUUGGAGGGAAGCAAGCUGUGACAGCAUCAUGGGACAGGACAGCAAAUCUGUAUGAUGUAGAGACUUCUGAACUUGUCCAUUCUCUCACAGGGCACGACCAAGAGCUGACUCACUGUUGUACGCAUCCCACCCAGCGGCUGGUGGUGACAUCGUCCCGCGACACGACCUUCCGCCUGUGGGAUUUCAGAGAUCCUUCUAUCCAUUCUGUGAAUGUCUUUCAGGGCCACACAGACACUGUGACAUCUGCAGUUUUCACUGUGGGAGACAACGUUGUUUCUGGUAGUGACGAUCGCACUGUAAAAGUUUGGGACUUGAAGAACAUGAGGUCUCCUAUAGCCACGAUCCGCACAGACUCUGCAGUCAACAGGAUCAAUGUGUGUGUUGGCCAGAGGAUCAUCGCCCUGCCCCACGACAACCGGCAGGUCCGGUUGUUCGACAUGUCCGGAGUGCGCCUGGCGCGGCUGCCGCGCAGCAACAGACAGGGCCACAGAAGAAUGGUGUGCUGCUCAGCGUGGUGUGAGGACCACCCCAUCUGUAACCUCUUCACCUGUGGGUUUGAUCGCCAGGCUAUUGGGUGGAACAUCAACAUCCCUGCUUUGUUACAAGAGAAAUGAAGUGCUGGCAACGUGGCUGCAGCUCCUGCUGCCGAGGACUACUUCUCCCCUUGGCAGACCUCUCCAAACGCCAGUCUGCUGCGGCUGUGAAGCUCUUCCUUAGCAGAGACUCGAGCAGCUGCUGCUCUUGUUCCCACGUUGUGCAGUUUGCAUGGGUUGUACAGACAAUGUGAUUCUUUUCUUUUUUAUUUUGUUUCAAUUAGUUUGUCUGGUGUAUCAACUUUUCUAUUCUGGCAUCCACUGGUCAGUGUGUUCCCUGUUGCAAAUGUUCUAAGUUAUUUAGCGUUGAAUAGCUGCACAGUAGGGCAUUACGUUUGUGACAUGAAUGUGAAAGCUCUGUAAUUAAUGUAGGGUGUUAGAGCAAGUCUGUUACAUUUUUCUCAUGACUAUACAUAUCUGCCCUGUGUGACAAAGAACCUGCAGGGCUCCAACUUUGAAAUGAAGUGUGACUUUUCACUAGGUGUGUGGUGGCAAACAUUUUCCUGUCUGCAUCUCAUUUGGAAUACCUUUUUUUUAACAGUGCUGCAGCGUAGUGCAACUUCGACUCCCAUUUUCGUUCCAGUUACUGGAGAAAUAGUAGAAUUGAGAAGGAAAAUGCAAGCAACUUGCAGUUGAGUAAAGACUGCCAGGUAGUUGAGUAAAGACUGCCAGGUUUGUUUGGAAAGCUUUUUUUUUUUUGUACUUCUGAAAAAGCAAAGUAUUCAUCCUGCCCUUCUUCUAUAAAGUGACUCAAAUCUCAUGGUGUUUCCUGCUAGCAAAGAUCCAGAGCAUCAUGAUUCUAAUCACUGAAACCUAGUCAAGCAAAUUCUGAAGCACUUUAGUUUAUAGCUAUUGUUAUAAACCAUUUAUGAAAAGUUUGACUCUACCAGUGAAUGUGAGCUGACCUUUGUAAGAAGGAUUGCUUCUUUUUGGUGAUCUGCCCAGAAAGGAAAUAGGUUGUG